AUGUCGGGCGGUCGCGGCGGGCGGCGAGGCGGCGAGCCGGCGGCCGUCAACCGAGGCGAACCUCUCCUGCCGUCCGUCCAGCAGCCGGGACCCCCCUUCCCCGCGGCGGAGCGCAAGCCCCUCCCCCUGGCUUGCGGCGAGGAGGCCGAGUACCUCUUGGCGCUCAAGCAGGAGUUCCGAGGAGCCAUGAAGACGCUGCCGGGCUUCACCCAGAUCGACGCCGCUCAAAGGUCGCACGCGGACGUGGAAAGAUAUUCGGACAAAUAUCACAACGGCGGCGAGCAGACGGACGCGCUGACCGACUGGAUCGCAGACCUGAAGAGGUUCCCGAAAGAAAUACGGCCGAGCGUCGGGAGAGCCGCAAAAAAAGGUCGGAAACCCCCGGACGUCCCGUCCGUUUUGACCGGCGAGAAAACGUUAACUUCGGGCGGGACGACGGCAAAGAAAGCUGGCGCCGGCGAGCGGGAAAAAAGCCUGAGGGAAAACCGAGAAGUCGCGGUCAAGCUGGAGACGCUGGCGAGCGAGGAGCGCCGCCGCGGUUCUGACGACGAAGAGGAGGAGGAGGAGGAGGAGAAGAAGGAGGAGCAGGAGGAGGCGGACGACAAUUACGACGAAGAAGAGCUAGAGGAGGAAACGGAUUACAUCAUGUCCUACUUCGACAACGGCGAAGAGUUUGGCGGCGAAAGCGACGACAACGCGGACGAAGCCGUUUACUGA